CUGGCUGACAGUGACAGAGUCACAGACACAGACUGCCUUGUAUUAUUUGACUUACAAAAAGCAGCGGUUCAAAAAUGCAAAGCGUGAUCAACACGGUAAAGGGCACGGCCCUUGGCGUAGCGGGCUAUUUAACACCGGUCCUCAAGGAGUCGAAGUUCCAAGAGACGGGAGUGCUGACGCCGGAGGAGUUUGUGGCGGCAGGCGAUCACCUGGUGCAUCACUGCCCGACGUGGCAAUGGGCGCGCGGCGAGGAGGCGCGCGCGCGGCCCUACUUGCCCUUGGACAAGCAGUUCCUCAUUACCAGGAAUGUUCCCUGCUACCGACGGUGCAAACAGAUAGAGUACUGUGAUGACAAGGAGAAGGUGAUAGAGCAAGACGAGGACGGUGGCUGGGUGGACACACACCACUACGACACAGCUGGCUCAUCCACUAUUGAAGAGAAGGUGUGUGAAAUGACUCUCGACGCGGCGGAGCAGGGUGACAGCGACGCGGAGGCAGGCACGGGGGCGGCGGGGGACGACGAGGACGACGAAGAGGGAGAGGCUGAGGAUAUGGAGAACUUCCAGGAGUCCGGCCUGCUUGACGAAGUUGAUCCCUCGACAGCGCUGGCGCCGCAGCGGGCGGCGCGGGGGCCGGGCGGGGCGGGGGCCGCGGGCGGCGCGGGGGGCGCGGGCGCCGACGGGGACGACAUCGUGCACACGCGCACCUACGACCUGCACAUCACCUACGACAAGUACUACCAGACGCCGCGGCUGUGGCUCAUCGGCUACGACGAGAACCACAGUCUGCUGAGCGUGGCGCAGAUGUACGAGGACGUGUCGCAGGACCAUGCCAAGAAGACAGUCACCAUGGAGUCGCACCCGCACCUCUCCGGGCCCAGCAUGGCCUCCGUGCACCCCUGCCGGCACGCCGAAGUGAUGAAGAAGAUAAUCGAGACGGUGACGGAGUCGGGCGGCGAGAUGGGCGUGUACUCGUACCUCAUCGUGUUCCUCAAGUUCGUGCAGACCGUCAUCCCCACCAUCGAGUACGACUUCACGCAGAACUUCUCCAUCAACUAGGAGCACGCGGUUGAUGUAAUACAAACACGUCUUGCCAUCGAGUGUGUCCGCGUCGUGGAGCUGUGUGCUGCAGGCCCACUGGUGCCGAUAAUGGCGAACAACAAUUUAUUUACUUUUGACAGCUCUAAAGAUAGUGUUACUUAUGAUAAGCGCAGGAGAUAGUAUUAGAAAUGUGAGACUAAAUAAAAUUAGGUUUUAUUUUUGCCAAAAACGGCACCAUAUUGUAUCCCUUAUAUACGUCAACAUAAUGUAAUGAAACUAAGGCCGAACUGUACGCUGGUGGGUCUGGAGUGUCUCGUGGUGGGGCUUUCAAACGUUUCUGGUCGUAGGUACUGGUCCCGUUUCAUAGUGUCUACCGCCUCUCCUGCGGCCGGUCACACGUUGAACGCGUUUUCUUUCGAAUUUGCAUCGUACGUCCCCCACGAAUACUUGUCUACGAUCAAUUCGCGAAUUGCCCGCACACUGGACAUUCCCAUAGUACUUGGACGGUAGAGAUUAUGCGUUCGUGUUCGUACGUAUUCACACAAGCCGAAUUCAUAUGAAAGCGCGUCCAACUUGCGACCAGCCUAAAAGUCGUGUCGUAACGUUCUCAUUUAUUCGGGUGUAAGUUUUAAUAGUUGUCGUCUCUAUCAAGCAUAGACAAAUCAACUUUAGCCCAUAGUUGACGUAUCUAAUGGAUACGACCAGAGGCCGGCUGACCGAUGACGUCGCUGCGUAUUUAUAUGCUGUGUAGCCGUGAUCGUAUAGCUUGCCCGCUCACUCGCUGCGCUCUCUGCAUUAUACCCACCACACCUAGUACAAAAAUCAAAUAGUCUGUGUAGUCUUCUACUUGUACAAAAUUUUGAAGUAAUUAUUGUUCAAAAUGUUGUAAUAAUUCCCGAUUGUAGCACAAACAAUACACACUGCGUGAACGCAAGCAAGACUGUCCAGUAAGUUUAUGGGGAACAUUCCUAAGUAAUUUCAUUGUUGUAUUUAGCAAUAUCUCUACUGAUGUUGUAGGUGACAUCUUGGAUGUCAGUCAAGAGGAUGCCUCAAGGUGAAUCAAGGCAACUAACAGCAAGAAUAUUGAAUAGAUUCAAUGUAAUAUAUUUAUAAAUUAUAUGUCUCGAUUUUGUGCACGUGUAUACAUAUGUAAGUGUCGUGUAUAAUUAUCAUAUUUUGCAAUGUAAUAGUUUAUUUACUCCAGCUAGUAUUUUAUAUUACGCGCAUUGUUUCUUCAGCUGUAAUAUAAAACAUAUUUUGCUAA